AUGCGCUCCGUCGCCCUCCUCGCCCUGGCCAGCGUCGUCUCGGCCGGUCAUAUCAGCGUGCCCUUCUCGCGCCAGUCCUUUGACAACAGCCACGCCCGGCGCGCUGCUCUGCGCAAGCGCCAGGACGACUCUGAGCCGUUCGCCCUCGAGGCGCUCAACAACAUCACGGGCGGUGGCUACUACUCCGAGUUUGCGGUAGGCACUCCGCCUCAGCAGAUCAGCUUCCUGCUCGACACGGGCAGCUCGGACACGUGGGUCAACAUCGACCCCGAUGAGAGCAGCACGUUCGAGACCGUGGACGUGGACUUUGACAUCCAGUACCUCGACCGCCGCAGGAUACAAGGCGAGUAUUUUGAAGACACCGUCACGUUUGGCGAUGUCGAGGUGACGGAGCAGCGCAUGGGCUUGGCCCUCCAAUCCGUCCGUCCCACGGGCAUCAUGGGCCUUGGCUUCUCCGUCAACGUCGCGUCUAUACGCGAGUAUCCCACCAUUGUCGACAACCUGGUCGACCAGGGCCACAUCGACACUGCGGCCUACUCGUUGUAUCUCAACGACAUCGACACCGACGCCGGUGCCUUGCUCUUUGGCGGCAUCGACCGAGAAAAGUUCAUUGGCAGCCUGGCGACCCUCCCUCUGCAAUCGGACGCGCUAGGAGGCACCAGCCAGAUCACCUCCUUCAACAUCGACAUCCAGGGCUUCGACGUGGUGUCCCCCGAUGGCGAGAGGACCGUCGAUAUCCCCAACCUGGACUCCCUGGCCAUCCUCGACUCGGGCUCCACCAUCUCCCUCCUCCCCGACGACCAGGUCCAGGAGCUGUGGGAUGAGUUUGGCGUGCUGAGCUUUAUCGACGUCCUCGCGCCCUUUGUCGACUGCGCAUACCGCGGCGAAAAGGGCCAGGGCUACACGUUCGAGUUCCGCUUCGAUGGCAAGACCAUCCGCGUGCCCAUGGACGAGAUGGUCAUCGACGCCUACAGCGACUUGCAGGACAUCUUCAUGGACGACCCCACGCUUAACCAGUUCUUCGGCGACUGGGAGGGCGCCUGCAUGUUCGGCAUCGGCUCCACCGCCGACUUUGGCAUCAACGACGACCAGUUCACCCUCCUCGGCGCCACGUUCCUCCGCAGCGCCUACGUCGUCUACGACCUCGCCAACCAGCAGCUGGGCCUCGCCCAGGCCAACCUGAACAGCACCGAUACGGAUAUUGUCGACAUUGAGGAGGGAGACUUGCCCGAUGUCACAGGCGUUGAGAGUCAGUCUUCUUCUUCUACCCCUACCUCGUCUGCCUCCACCACCUCUACGGAGGCUACCACCACUAUCACCUCUACGGAGGCGACUACCACCACUGCCACAGAGGAAGCCACCGCGACGGAGACGGACGAUGGUGAUGACGGGGACGAUCAGGCUGACGACAACACAGGCGACGAAGGAGAUGACGAGGAUGCUGGCGUACGCCUCAUCCCCUCCCUCCUGGCCGCAGUGGCCCUGAGCGCUCUCAUGCUUGUCCUGUGA